GACCAUUUACACGACAUUACUAAUCAUUGACGGUGAAUAACAGUCAUAACAGCCUCAGCAUUAUCUCACCAGAAACAUGGCAAUGGCAGCUGCCCCUUCGGGGGCUAUAAGUCAAGUAUGCAGAAGCGAACUUGAAAACAAUGGUUACUGCGUCAUCAAUGACGUCGUCAGUCACACAGACUGUGAUGAACUUAUCAGCCAAUACAAAAGCUGGCUGAACACAUUUGAAGACCACGAUUGGCCAAACCACCGACGCUCUAUAAUAUAUCAAUAUCGGAUUGGUCACUUUGGUGCCACGUGGUCUGCUAGGUUAAAGGUGAAACCAGUGUUUUCUUCUUUGUGGAAGACAGACAAGUUGUUAACCAGCUUUGAUAGCGUGGCUAUCUCACGUCCUCCGGAAGAAACUGACAAGGUGUUUGAUAAUGGUCAGAACUGGUUCCACAUAGAUCAGAAGGCGUCACGCGAGGGCCUCCACUGUUACCAGGGGGCGCUAUAUUUAGAAGAAUCUACAGAAAAUGACUUUUGUUUCCGGGCUCUGAAGGAUUCGCACAAAUAUCACAAUUCUUUCUUUGAUCAUUACAAGCCAGCUCGAGCAAAAAGCCUAAAGAGUGAAUUCUACAAAUUAACCACGAACCAGGUUAGUUGGUUCAGAAAAAAGAAGUGCAAAGAAGUAAAAGUGGCAGUUCCAAAAGGAGGCAUGGUGUUGUGGGACUCUAGACUUAUCCAUGACAACGUCCCACCAGUGGCCAACAGACCAAAUGCAGAUAGGUGGCGCUUCGUAGUUUUCGUUUCCAUGACACCUGCCAUCUGGGCAGCCCCAAGGGACAUAGCACUGAAGCGGAGGGCAUACAGUGACAUGUUGAUGACCAACCACUGGCCAUCACAAUCUCUCGAAAUUGUGCAAAGUUUAAGAGAACCGUCACACAGUGGGAAACCCAUGGACUGCAUCGAUAACAUGCCGGAAGUAGCCCAAACAGAGGAAGCGAUGCGAUUGGCUGGAGUGUUGGACUAUGAUUUUGAAAAUGGAAAAUCAAAUGGCCCCAAAUUGACACCUGUCUGGAACCCGCCCCGUGAUUAAAGAGUAGAAAUGUCUUGUGUUACAAAUAGGAUUGGAAGUAAAUGGUAAGAGGAAAUGAUAUCAGUCUGAUAGGAUGUAUGUGAAUAUUCUCUAGAAGCUCAUCAAAACUGGAAAAUCUGUUAUUUUGGAAAACAUACAAUACAAUCAUCUUGUUCAGAAACCCACAAAAUUGAAUGGUAGUUUGACGCAAAAUUAGAAAUAAUACCGAUAUAUCUCCGACAUUUAGGAAUGUAAUGAGUGUAACCAGGCAGUAAAGUUUGGUUCGAAACACAGAACAUGAUUUGUCAUUAGGUUCCACAUUCUCACUCAUGUGAUAUUCCCAAUAAAUUAUUUUU